CUCUCACCCCUGUCUCCUUUGAAACAGGAGGAUCAUGACAUCAUGGAAGCUGACCUGGACAAGGAGGAACUGAUUCAGCCCCAGCUUGGAGAGCUCUCAGGCGAGAAGCUUCUAACCACAGAGUACUUGGGAAUCAUGACCAACACUGGGAAGGCACGGCGGAAAGGGCCGGCCAGUGUGCAGUGGAGUGGGGAUGAGCCCCUGCGUCGGCCCGUCACCCCUGGUGGCCACAGGACAGGGUGCCCAGUACUGGGAGACCAUCUCGUUUCUCUCCAGAAUGCCCAACAAGCCAGAAAUAGCUGCCUGCAGGCCCUACCAGCCACUCAGCCGGACAUCUGCAAAGGGGGCAAACUUGGUGAUGCUGAGCGUGGCACCUCCUCGUCAUCAGUUAUGGAUCCCAAGCCAAGAGAGUGGUUACCAGCUGGACAUCAAGAAGAGCCUCGCUUGAUUCCCACAGCAGCCCCCAGCUGGCCAAAGGACAUGAUCCAGGAUCCAAGCAGUGGACAUACCACCAGGUAGGAUGCCAGUUGCCGUGAG